AUGUCCAACUAUCAGCUGCACGCGAACGAAACUUCCAUCUCGAUACCACGGAUAAUCACGGUUGACAGUGUGAAUUACUACGAAAUAUUGGUAAAAUGUGGUCAGGUCAUGUGGACGGUAAACCAUCGGUAUCGCGACUUUGCCGAGCUGCACGAACGGCUCGUAUCGGAACGGGGCGUCUCCAAGGACAAACUGCCACCGAAGAAGGUGCUCGGUAACAAGAGUCCCACGUUCCUGAAGAAGCGUCAGGAGGCGCUCGAGCAGUACCUGAAGGAGAUGCUGAUCUUUCUGAAAGUUACGAUGCCCCGGGAGUUUGUCGAGUUUCUGGACUUCCAUCGGUACGACAUUAUCUUUCUGGUGCAGCAUCUUGCCAGUUCGCUGUUUCUGCGCGGUGACGCAUUCUUGGCAAAGUCGAAAAAGUACGGCUUCUCGGUGCUGGAACUGCACGCCAUUAGUGAGCGGAUGAAGAUACCCUGUCCGCCGACAGAGGCAGCCUGCAGCAAUUAUAACUUUUCCCACAUACUGGACUUUUGUGCCCAGCUGGAGACUAUUAUUGUGCUGCCGACGAAGAACAGUCUGCCGACGAUACUGUACGAUGAUGAUACGGACAAGUACAUUCCGCACGCGCUACACAAACCGAUCGGCAGCAGCAAUCUCAUCCCGGUGCAGCUGCGGUACGAGCUGAGCGUGUUCAAGGUGUUGCGUAAUCUCAUCAUCUAUGGCGUGCCGACGGAAAACAUUCAAAAUGUAGGUGCCUUGCGUGAAACGCUAACCCGGAUAGAGGUGUACAAAAGCGAAACGAAACAAAUCUGCCAAAUUGCGUUGUGUGAUAAUGUCCAUAAGGAUGCGGCGGAGGAUGAGCUGGACAAGUCGAAGCAAUGGAAACAUCUCCGGCAUGCAGUCUUCAAGGAAAAUCAGCUAACGGCAAUCGAUCGAACGAUACGGCUAUUCCCAAGCGUUAAAGACCUAGUGCUGGACAAGAACAAACUGGAAAGCAUUGCCCACCUUAGCCAUCUAAACAAUCUGCAAAUACUCAGCCUGCGAUGCAAUCGGAUAGCGCAGUGCACGAACUGGCACGUCCAGCUGGGUAACUUGGUCACGCUGAAUCUAUCCCAAAACCGGAUCCGGUUACUGGAAGGGUUAGCAAAGCUGUACUCGCUCGUCAACCUGGACCUGAGCUGCAAUUUAAUAGACGAUAUCAAUGAAAUUGAUUACAUCGGGAAUUUGCCUUUGCUGGAAAAUUUGCGCCUGAUGGGCAACCCGGUUGCCGGUGGUGUCGAUUAUCGUGCCCGUGUACUUUCACGGUUCGGCGAUCGGUUGCAGGAAAUCUAUCUUGACAACGAGAAGGGCAAUCAAACCGAGUACGAUAUGGCUCUCGUACACUCGGCGUUGCGUAUUUCGGCACAGAAAUCACACCGGAAGCUGCACAGUCUACUCGAACCAAGCAGCACGACCGAGGGUCAGGCGGACGCGCGCGAUAGUGAACGGGCGGGUACGAGCGGUGGCGAGAGCAGAUGA